AUGGGGAGGGCUCCUUGCUGCGACAAGGCGAGUGCGAAGAGAGGGCCGUGGUCUACUGAAGAAGACUCAAAGCUUAAGGACUACAUAGAGAAGUACGGCACUGGUGGGAAUUGGAUUGCUCUCCCCCAGAAAGCUGGUCUGAAAAGAUGCGGGAAGAGCUGCAGGUUGAGAUGGUUAAACUAUCUCAGGCCCAACAUUAAACAUGGUGACUUCACUGAUGAGGAAGAUAGGAUUAUCUGCAACCUGUUUGCCACCAUUGGAAGCAGAUGGUCAAUAAUAGCAGCUCAGUUACCAGGAAGAACUGACAAUGAUAUCAAGAACUACUGGAACACCAAGCUCAAGAAGAAACUCAUGGCCAUGACUAUGGCUUUUCAGUCUCAGAAAGAGCCACCACCAUUACCAUUUUCCCAUCACCCUCCAUCUAUUUCAUUUUCAUCUAUGUACAAAGACUGCACUACUUAUUACACCCCAACCGGAUCUUUCACAGCCUUUGAACCAAUAUCAUCGUUUCAACCUGGUCUUUUGAACAAUGACAACACUACCUUGGCUACCAAUUUUUCUUUUAGUCACACGCCGGAGAGUUUGGUGAGUUACAUGCAGUGUUAUCCAGCGAAAGAAAAUUUUCUCAUGUUUGGAAGUGGAGAAGUAAGCUGCAGUUCAUCUGAUGGAACCUCUAGCCAAAUCAGCUAUGGCAGAGAGAUCAAGCAAGAAGACAUAAGCAAUUUCCAGGGUUUUGGUGCCUCUAAUGGCUAUGAAGAUAAUGUUAAGUUCGUGUUGAGUCAUGGCUGCACCAAUACUGGAGGUGUAGAUGUUAACCAAUGGACUGAGAAGCCAAGUGGGUUUAAUUUAGACAAAGAUAAUCUUAACUUCAUUGAUGAAAACAAGACACAAGAGAAAGUCAUGUACUACAACCACUGA